AAUUGAACCAAAGGUCGAAAUUCUUGAAAUAUCAAGACUUUUUUGGUUUCGUGUAAAUCGCGAUCCUUUGGGCUGAUACGAUGAUCAUACUCUAUUGUAAGGAAUGUUUCAGACAUGAUUGACGCAAGAGAUGGCUUCGUCUUCUUUAACAACUCUGGUUCAAACAAAAUCGAUCGAACGUGUGCUUGCCCCUAUUGCAAGUCAAGUGUCCAAUUUGAUCAUACUAAAUGAAGCUGGUGUCCAGGACCAACAUGCCUUUCCUGACCUUGUCUCAUCUGCUGAACAUAUUUUUCAAACUGUUCAAACACUAACCAACAUUGGAUAUAAUCUUGCUCAUGAGAGCUCUGAUGAGCAAUUGAGUUUGGAUAUGCCUGGUGCUUGCACACAAGUUCUUGAAGCAGGAAACAGUCUAUUAACAGCAGCACAACAAUUACGCGUUGACCCUCACAAUCGUUCCGUGAGAUUAAUUUUGGUGGAAUCCGCAAAAAAGGUUCUUGAAUACACCGUAAAUGUUCUUCUGACAUCUGAUGACGCCGAAGUACGAAAGAUUAUUCACAAGACAAACGUGGUUCUACAAAAAUUGUGGAUUUUAGAAAAUAUCCAGUCUUGGUCAGAGUUCAGAAAUCACUUCCAGAUAUUCAGUGAUAGUGUGUCUCAGUUGCUGAUGUUGUGUCAAAAGAGACAAAACGAGCUUGUGAGCCCAGCUAAGCAAGAUGUAAUUGCUUCAUCAACGGCUCUUCUAGCGAACGCUACGUCAACGUUAUUGCCUACAAGUCACGAAUACAUGCAGAAUCCUGAUAAACAGGCAGUGAAAGCACGUCGAGAUUACAUCUUCAGGCAAAUAUAUAUGGCAUGUUCUCAAAUCAUUCGGACGGUUGAGACGAAGGGCGUAACGGAUAAUCUCGAAGAACCAACACAUCUCGUAUCAACGAACAACGCACCACAGUCAGAAAAACCGUUGGAGCCCGCCUCUGUCAGUCAUAUGCCAACUUCAGGCAGCGACUUAGAUUAUUAUCUUGACGCUAUUGUACGAAACAGUUUAGCCGUCGCCGAGAAAUGUGAAAAUCAAAAGAGAAAGCUAAGAAUCGCCAAAGCUUGUCAUGAGGUGCUGGAAACUCGAGGGCAACUGAACGAGGCACAGGACGCGCUUGCAUCCAAUCCAAUGUCUGAACGAUACAGGCAGGAAUUUGACUUCCAAACAGACAAACUGCAACAAUGUCUACGUUCUUUGGACCGGCGUGUCACUAUGGCAAUAAUUGCUGCUGUUUUAACAGCGUUUUCUGAUCUGGACACUCCACUGCAGAACCUGAUUACUGCUGCAACAACGAAUGAUCGUUUGUUGAACUAUAGUCAAUCGAUGAACCGCCUCAUGCAAUGUCAACAAACGUUUCUGAAUUACUCUGCUAAAAUAUGUCAAGCCGCGAGUAAUGCAUCUUCUGUCGCAGCCGAACCAGACCGUGUUCAUGCAAUCCGUUCUACGAUUGGUCAAAUCGAGGCCCUAACGCCGAGGAUAAUCAGCACAUCGAACGAAAUUCGUCAGCAGCCUCAAAACAGCAAGCACUUGCAGUAUUUGAAAACCAUUCAACAGGAAUGGCAGACACAAGUGGGCGUGUUGUCAGACCUUUCUGUCGAUGCUGUAAGUCCCGGAGAUUUUCUCGGCACAACAGAAGCCUUGGCAAAUGAAAGUUUGACGCGAUGCAGGGAAGCCUUAGCGGAGUACAACUUUCAAAAGUUGUCUGGUGAAAUAUCGCUGUUGGUUGGUAUUUCCGAGAGGGCUGUUCAUGUUUGCAAAACUGAAUUACAGCGGGCCGCUGAUCCUCUGUUUAAAAGUCGAUUGACUGAAGUGACCUCUCGUAUGAGUUCAGUUUUUCCAGAGCUGGCUUCCUUAUCACGCGAGGUGAUCUGCCACAUUCAAGAUUCACGAAAUCAUGUAAAGUUCAUGGAACAAGUCAUGAAACUCGUUGAAAGUUUAGGCGAAAUGAGAUCAAUUGUUAGAAGAUCACCAGUCCACCUUAAAGACAACAGUUUUGAAGACAGUGAUUCCAAUCCACCAGUACCACCCAUGAUAAAUGUGACCAGCAAUACAGCAGCAGUUUCAGGUUUUCCGAGCAAUGAAUUGCCAAGCAUGCGUCUCCCUCCAGCGAUUCACGGGGAAAGCAGUUCAGCUGGAAGAAACAGUCCCGUUGCAAAAAGCAGUCCAGUUGGAAGAAACAGCCCAGUUGGAAAAAACAAUCCAGUUGGAAAAAUCAGUCCAAUAGGAAGAAACAGCCCAGCGGUUGUGAUGAACAGCCCAGAUUCAAACAUUCUUUCGGUGAACCAAACUUCCGCAGGACCGAUCAGAAAUCGCAACUCCAAAGACAUCGAAAAUUAUGUUCAAGAAACGAGACAGUGUUUAUUGUUAGGUUUAACUCUUGUCGAAGCGGACGACAUUCAAAUGCUCGGGAAGCUCUCGGCUUUACUUCGUGCCUCGCCGUCGUCGCUGAUGUCUCGGUUGCUUGACGCAGUCUCUCAGUCCGACUACGCUCUCGUUGAACGGCGAUGUAACGAGCUUUCAAGACGUGCUGCAAGUUUGAAAGAUUUUAUCCAAGAGCCAGCAUUGAAACGCUCCAAGAACAAAGAAGCGUCGAGUCUUGUUCUCACAACAUCCUCGGAAGUGUACGAAAGUACCGCAGAUGUCGUUCAACUGGCGUGGACGGUCGCUGCCAACCCGAACGACACGAAAGCCAACAACCAACUUCGGGUCAAGUGUGAUAAAUGGAGCGAGAAACUGGACAUUGUUCGGGCAACGGUUGACAAACUCGUCAAUCCUUGGUCUGUGUCUGCUUCGUGUGUCGUGCAAGCUGCAACCUUGAAAGAUCAAAAACUUUACACCAAACAGAUUUCCAACCUGAAACAGCACGUCCUACGGCUGCGUGGGCUGGCAUCGUGCGCCAAGGCUGCCGCCGAUGCUGAGGAUGCGGUUGAUGUCAGUGGCGAAGGUGAGGCUCCUGCGAGGAAUCAAGAUUCUUUGAGAAGGAUCGAGUUGGUUAUGGUCACAUCAGCUGAGAUGGAUGAAUUGACGAAACGAUUUAUCACUGUUUCUCAGGAAAUGUUUAAAAACCGUGACAAGAUAACGGACGUCGUUACCUUGGAGUUUCUUCGCCGUGAUUGGGCGUGCAAAGUUCUGUCUCUGAUUCUUGCUGUUGACGAUAUCACGGCAGGGACCUCGGCACCAGUUGAUGGUAUCUGCACGGCAGCUUUGCAUGGCGACCAUCAGGUGGUUAGGGAUCGAUGCAAGUUGUUGAAUACCUAUAUUGUGACUUUGAAGGAAAUGGCUGAUGGUUGUUCUGCCGAUUGUAGAGACAAAGAAAAGGCGGACAAAGCUCAGGAAACUGUUCUGUUCGUUGAUGAGUUAACCCAGAAGUUCCAAAAUGCUGUUUUGAUUGUACAAGAGAAAGUACGUGCCGAUGCGGGAACAAUUGAAGAAAGCCUUCAUUUUAUGUCUUGUGUAGAGAAAAUGGUUUUAUUGCAACGAGAGUGGUCUACAAAGGUGCACCUAUUCACCUCACUAAUUGACGACAUGACCGCUGAUGUAUCGGCCCACGUUGAUCGCCUCGCCGGCGCGGCGUUGAAUGUGAGCCGUGUUGACCGCAGUAUGAAGCUGGAGUACUUACGUGAUUUUGAAGCACAAUCGAACAAACUCUCCUCAAAAGUUGCCCGAGUGAGAAAUCACGCCUGCUUAACAAUCAGUAAUAGUAACAACAUUCAAAAAGCUCAAGUGGUUCGGGUUACCUGUGACUUCCUCGAUCGUCUUACACCGCAAGUUAUUGCCGCAGCUAGGGGACUGGCUGACAAUCCUGACCAACCGACUGUGGAGCAUUUUCAAAUGUUGAGAAGGCAGUGGGCAUCCAGAGCUCAUUUCCUCAUGGCAACUUUACAGAGUUUAAGGAAUGUCCAAGACUCAUCUGUUGAAGUUGUCACGAAAGAGCUCCUUGGUUCUCUGGAUAACUCAGAUCAGGGUAGCCCUCCCAUACUGCAAUCCACCAGUCACACUCUGAGAGAUUCCUCAAUACACUAUCAUCCCCCGCCAUCCGAGAGAUCCUCCGGGCCCCCUCAUGUUCACCAGUCACCUUCUGAAAGAUCAUAUCUUCACCCAGGCGUUCACCCUAUUACCCCUAAAAUGAAGUCAUCCUAUGAGGAGGACUACAAAGGUGCCGAGUCCUUAGACCGAGCUUUUGAAAGGCCUGGGAGAGAGAGGGUUGACGAUCUUGAGGCAUCGUUUGACUUAAUCGAUGGUUUAGUGACGUCACUUGGUGAUUUGGCCAUGCGCAGUCAGUCCAAUUCAAGAUAUCAAAAUCACGCUGGUCACUCCAGCUGUAAGCAGUCAACGCCAAGCCGACACAACUAUUCGAGAUUCAAACAAGCAAAUGAUCAUGUUGCAUUCAAGGAUGCUGCUGGCAGCAAACUUUCCAGUUCCCGCGAUUCACUGCCGCGUAUAGCCUCCACCGAAUCCUUGGAUGACAAUGACUUGCGACGACAAACCUACAGUCCAGCGGUUAUCAGGAGGACUGUAAGUUUUGAUGGUUUAAACCGAUCGUGGAGACAUGGCAGUGAGGAAGAUAUAAGGAGCAAGAAGGCAUUUGUUUCUAUUUUUAGAGCAGCAGCGCAGUUACGUGACGAGGCUGAUAAGUGGGAAGACGAGAACAACGACUUCGUUCGUGUGGCAAAAUCGCUGUCCCAUCACAUGUUUACCUUGGCCGAAAUGGCGAAAAAACGAAGCAGACUGAAGGAUAAUUCAGCAAUGAUAGAAAUGUCAAAGAACAUUGCUGAUGAUUGUCAAGUGAUUUGGGAGUUUGCUACCAUUAUUGCUGAACACUGUACAGAUGCAAGAAGUGCUCAAGAAAUUCUUCGUUCUGCGGAAUCUAUUCCAACCUUGGGCACUCAACUUAGCAUUAUAUCAUCUGUUAAAUCUGCAACGCCUCAAGAUAAAUCUGCGGACAAUAUCCUUGUUCGAAACUCCCAGAAUCUGAUGGACGCGGUUGUUUGCACAUUGAGAGUGAUCGAAGGAGCCACUGUUAAGGGUCUAAACCAACCUUCUCGACAGGAUGAAGGCAACGUGAGGGCGACUGAUGUCGUUUUUGAGUGGAAGAGAAAGUUAAGACGUCAAAGAAGCUUAGAAGCAUUAUCAGCUGAGCGAGGGAAUCUGGGAUUGCGCGUGCGCGAUAAAAGGCUUUCAGAUCCGUCAUUAGUGGACAUUUUGCAUAUCUGAUACAGUAACCCAAUCAGAAUGCAAAAGUCAUCUGGUCUACUUUCGGUAAAAAGGUACAUUAUUUACCAUUUUACACGAAGUAUUUAAAAUAUAGGCAUUGAG